CUAUGUUUAACAUGCUAUGUGAUCAAUUCUGCGGCAACGCCACGGCCUGCGUUUACAAAAAAUGCAAAAUUAAGUACGCACAUUGUACAAACACGAUAUGGUCGGUUGCAAGGUUUAUUAAUACCAAUGGAUCAACAUCGUUUCCUAAAACCGUUAGAAGUAUUUUAUGGCGUACCAUAUGCAACACCACCGGUUCGUUCGAAUCGAUUUAGUCCAACGCGUACACCAAGUCCAUGGGAUGGUGUACGAAUAUCCGAUCAUAUGGGCCCUGUGUGUCCACAAAAACUGCCAGAUAUAUCAAAUGAAACGGCAGCGUUGGAACGAAUGCCACGCGGACGUUUGGAAUAUUUAAAACGUUUGUUGCCGUAUUUGAAGAAUCAAAGUGAAGACUGCUUGUAUUUAAAUAUUUUUGCUCCAGCUCAAGUAAAUGUCGAACAGAAGUAUCCAGUCAUGGUGUACAUACAUGGUGAAUCAUUCGAGUGGAAUUCUGGUAAUCCGUAUGAUGGAAGUGUAUUAGCGGCAUAUGCGGAUGUAGUUGUUAUUACUUUAAAUUAUCGAUUAGGAAUUUUAGGUUUUUUAAACGCUAAUCCAGCACCACAUUUAAAAGCACGCGUUGCAAAUUAUGGUUUAAUGGAUCAAAUAGCUGCGUUACAUUGGAUCCAGCAGAAUAUUGCAUUAUUUGGCGGUGAUCCAACGAAUGUCACACUAAUCGGUCAUAGUUCCGGUGCCGCAUGUAUUAAUUUUCUUAUGAUCUCACCAACAGUAAUGCCUGGACUGUUUCAUCGUGCUAUACUACUGUCUGGAUCAGCGUUAUCGUCAUGGGCUCUGGUUGAAGAUCCUGUAAAUUACGCAGUUCGGUUAGCGCGGCAAGUGAAUUGUACGAUACCAGAAGAUGUGGCAAAAGAACAUGAACAAAUUGUGGAUUGUUUACGGGAUACCAGUUUAGAGGAACUAUUAAACGCGGAUAUUAGUGCGCCAACAUAUUUAAGUUCGUUUGGUCCAAGUGUUGAUGGUGUAGUGAUUAAAUCCGAUUUUGCUAAAGAACUCUUAACAUAUUUUCUGCCAUCCGAUUUACAAAGUUUUGCAAAUUCACCAAUCGGUAGUGUGAAUUCAAAUAUGAAAAAACGUAGUGGUGAAGCAACAUUAUCCGCAUCGAGAAAUUCCCAUCAAAAUCGCUACGAUUUACUGUUCGGCGUUGUAACAAGUGAAGCGUUAUGGCGAUUCUCUGCAAACGAUAUACAAAAUGGUUUUGAAGGUGAACGUCGCGAUAAAAUUAUACGUACAUACGUUCGAAACGCGUAUACGUAUCAUUUGAGCGAAAUUUUCUUUACGGUCGUAAACGAAUACACCGAUUGGGAACGUACGGUUCAGCAUCCGAUUAAUACACGCGAUGCAGCUGUUGCAGCGUUAAGUGAUGCACAAUUUGUGGCACCGUUAGUGCAAACUGGUGAUUUAUUAAGUGCAAAGCCACCACAACCGGGUCAGGAAGCGACUGGUCCAAAAACAUUUUUCUAUGUGUUCGAUUAUCAAACGAAAGAAGGUGAUUAUCCACAACGGAUGGGAACUGUUCAUGGUGAAGAAUUACCGUAUAUGUUUGGAGCACCGUUAGUGGAUGGUUUUAAUCAUUUUCCAAGGAAUUAUACAAAAUCGGAAGUUGCAUUAUCCGAAGCGGUUAUUGUUUAUUGGGCUAAUUUUGCACGAACUGGGAAUCCAAACGAACAUCAAAAGCAAGAUGCUGUAUUAGCUGCAUCUCGUGAACGAAAUCGAUUUCGUUCAGUUGUAUGGGAUGAAUAUGAUUCAGUACAUCAGAAGUACUUAGAAAUAGGUAUGAAACCACGAAUGAAAAAUCAUUUUCGAGCACAUCAACUGAGUGUCUGGUUACGUUUAAUACCAGAAUUACAUCGUGCUGGCAUGGAAGAUGUUGUUGCACGUCAUAAUUUAUUUCGGAAUCAUAAUGAUGCCGAUCUGUAUGAUGGUGUAGUUCGACCAGAUCCGUUAUCCAGAAUUUCGUAUUAUGAUCCAAGUAACAGUGGGAAUAAUGCUGAGUAUAGACGGCGUACAUCAAAUUUAACACAAACUUUGGAAUCAACUACAACGAUUGAUACAAUUAUUGCGACGACAUGUAUCAAUAUUAUUCCAGGAACAAAUUACCAACAACAGAGCAACAACAUUCCACCAUCGUUUCACAUAAAUUCCUCAUCGGAUACAUUCGCCAGUCUGGAAGCAGCUGGAUUUGCAGCCUAUUCGACUGCACUAAGUGUAACAAUCGCAAUCGGAUGUUCGUUGCUGAUAUUAAAUGUGCUAAUAUUCGCUGGUGUUUAUUAUCAACGUGAUAAAACUCGGCUAGAAGUGAAAUCAUUACAACAGCAACAGAAUCGUAAUCAAGCGAAUUUUGAAACAAUCACCAAACAUGCACAUUAUCAUAUGGGCGGUGCAGGAGGUGGUAUACAUCAUACACAGAUCGGAAGUGGAAUAGGCGGUGGUGCUAGUGUAAUAGUUGAUGUUGAACAAGAUUUACAACAGAAUAAUGAUGGGAGUUUAACGAAAAAUCAACAUUUAUGUGCACAAAAUAUGCAAAAUAUGUUAAAAGCACCGCCUCCAAGUCCGAAUGUGUUAAUGAAUCAACAUUGUAUGACGUUACCGAAAAAUACCGGGGGUUCACAAAAUUGUCGAUCAGGCGAUUGUAAUUUAAUGACAUUACCAAAAAAUGUUACACUUAUGAAUAAUACAGCAAAUGUUAUUGCGGAAAUGCAACAGCAACAUGGUCUGAGUCAACCGCCGAAUGGUUCAAUACCAACAAUGCAUUUAAAUGUUCCUAGACCACCGCCACCGGUGCGUAGUGGUUCCAAUAAAACAUCAACGGAGAAUCAACCGUUAUUAUCCGCUACCCAGCAACAUCAACAGCAACAUAAUAAUCAACAACAACAGCAAAAAGGUAGCAACAAUUUACGUGGUCUACCGCAAGCUGCCAUGAGUGAGAUGCGAGUGUGAUAAAAGA